AUGACGAUUGUUAUUAUUAUUGUUGUUAUUAUUAUUAUUGUUAUUAUGAUUCGUUCUGAUAAGGACAAAGAGAUCCAUAUCAGAUACAGCAUCACUGGAGUGGGAGCCGACCAGCCGCCGAUGGAAGUCUUCAGCAUUGACCCUGUGUCUGGCAGGAUGUAUGUAACUCGCCCGAUGGACAGAGAAGAAAGAGCUUCCUACCAUCUCCGGGCUCAUGCAGUGGAUAUGAAUGGAAACAAGGUGGAGAAUCCUAUUGACCUUUACAUCUAUGUGAUUGAUAUGAAUGACAACAGACCGGAGUUUAUAAACCAAGUCUAUAAUGGAUCUGUUGACGAAGGCUCUAAACCAGGUACCUACGUGAUGACAGUGACAGCAAAUGAUGCAGAUGAUAGUACAACAGCAAAUGGGAUGGUGAGAUACCGAAUCGUGACUCAGACUCCACAGAGCCCAUCGCAAAAUAUGUUUACUAUUAACAGCGAGACGGGAGACAUUGUCACUGUGGCUGCUGGACUUGACAGAGAG